UUUAUCAUGUUCAGGUGGUCAGCAAACUAGCUCCUUCAUACAGACCUGUGUUCUACCACGGGUAUUAUUCUCAGAAUCAGAUGCGAUCUAUUCGGCGAAGUUGAUAAUCAUUUUACAUCAGCAACGUAUUACACUCUUUCAAUCGUUAGUGUUUAUUGAUAAGCUUUUUAUCGAUGUAUUGCCCCUUAUUUGUGCGCUGACAGAAAACGAAGCAAAUGCCAUUGGCACUUUUCUCCAGAUUCUUCUUUCUCAUGCUCAGCGGUGGCACUCGGACAGUGCAAUCUUCGAAAAGGAGUGUGAAGGAUUCCCGGGAUUGGUUUCGAAAACCCGACAAGACAAAACAACCGAGAGUGUUAAUUACGAAAGCUUUCGACGAUUGUGCUUCAAGUGGCAGAUGCGACUGUAUACGGCAUUUAACUCAGUGCUUUCGGUAGAAAACAACGAAUACGUGCAAGUUAGGAACUGCCUUGUAGUGAUGACGAAGCUUGCUCCUUGCUUCCCACUACUGAAGGAUGUAGUAGAAAAUGUUGAGAAGCUGGCUGAAAAGGUACGAGACACUGAAAAAGGAAAACGUGACGAGCUGUCCUUAAAAGCUGCAAGCUAUCUGGUUCGAUUAAAAAUGCGCAAUGUUCCAAUUUAUGAAGCUUCGCAAUUCCAUCGUCCUUUAAUGAAACACCCUGUGAAGCAGAAUUCAACUUUGGAUCGGAAGCGUGUUGCUCCAUUACCUCCAACAAUGAGAGAAGAUCGUGCGGAUGAGCGAAAGCGUGAUCAAAAGGCUCACAAGAGAUCGGCUCGGGAUGAAGAACAGAACGGGCAUUCAAAAGUGGCACGAAAGGAUCGUGAACAGAUCGAAUCAAGGCUAUCCCGACCUGUAUCACAUGACCGCCGAGGACUUUCACCAACACGAGAAAAAGAAAGAAGAGAUGAAAAGAAAGACAGGCGGAAAGAAAGCAAACCAGUACGUAAGUAG